AUGCAUUUUGCAAAAGACUUUCUGAAUACAUUGAUUCAGCUUCUUCUUCUUCUUCGGCUGUGCAAAUCUUUGGAAACAACUAUCAUUUCAAGCAAAUCCGUCAAAGAUGGUGACUUCCUUGUCUCUGAAAACCAGACGUUUGUGCUUGGAUUCUUCAGUCCCGGCACAUCAAGCAACCGCUAUGUUGGUAUUUGGUAUAAGUUCUCAAAAGAAAUGGUUGUGUGGGUAGCUAACAGAGACAAUCCAGUCAAUGAUACCUCAGGUAUCCUCACAAUUAGUACUGAUGGAAAUCUUGUACUACUUCAUAACAGCACUCAAGGCCUUCCUCUAUGGUCAACGAAUGUUUCUGUCACACCAGCAAGUAGAAAUAGUAAUAUGGUGCAGCUCCUGGAUUCAGGAAAUCUUGUUUUGGUUAAUGAGCUAGUCAACAACAAGAGUGGAGUCUUAUGGCAAAGCUUUGAUCAUCCUACACAUGUUCUUCUUGCAAACAUGAAGAUUGGGCUGGACCAUGGUAAGAACAUAUUCCUCACAUCUUGGAACUCGAAAAAUGACCCUGGAACUGGGAUUUGCUCUUUAAGGACAGAACCAAAUGGGUCCCCUCAGAUAUUCUUGUAUAAGAAUAGGACUAAGCUGUGGCGGGCAGGGCCAUGGAAUGGGCUUCACUGGAGUGGAUUACCUAAUAUGAAUAGGCAAAGCAACACUAAUGAGUUUGACAUAGUGUUUGUGAACAACAAAGAUGAGGUUACUACAAAGUGGGUUGUUCUUGACCCAUCAGUUUUCUCAGUUAUAGUAAUUGAUGGAUCUGGAUCACUUCAACAGCUAGCAUGGCAGGGACAGAAAGGGUGGGUCACAAUUGUGUCCACACCAACGGAUGUUUGUGACAAGUAUGGAACGUGUGGUCCGUUUGGUGUUUGUAAUGCAUACACGGUUAACUGGGAGAAAUGUGUGUGCUUUCCUGGAUAUGAACCCAGCUCCCCAGAGAAUUGGAAAUUAAGAGAAUGGUCUAGUGGGUGCAAGAGGCAGCAGGGAGCGCCAUCCAUGUGUAGGAAUGGAGAGGGCUUUGUAAAGAUACAAAAUGUGAAGGUUCCAGAUAUUUCCACAAUCAAAUUGGAUAUCAAUUGGACUUUGGAAGCAUGUGAGCAGAAGUGUUUGAAUAACUGCUCAUGCUUGGCGUAUGCCAGUGCAGAUGUGAGAAAUGGGGGCAGCGGAUGCAUUACAUGGUAUGGAGAUUUAAUGGAUACUACUCAGUUUGCUCAAGGACAAGGACAAGAUGUGUACAUUCGCGCUGAUGCUAUAGUGUCAGCCAAGUACACAAAGAAGUCAAAGAGGUUCCUUGCCAAAAAGGGGAUGUGGUUGAUUUUGGUAUUCCCACCCAUUUCUAUGGUAUUCUUGAUCCUUUAUGGAGUUUGGUGCUUAAGGAGGAAGACAAAAGGCUCUCUAACGAAGCAAGAUGGAAGUAGAACUCACAAAGACUUGGAAUAUUUUGAUUUAAAGAGCAUACUUGUUGCCACUGACAAUUUCUCCACUGCUAACAAGCUAGGGGAAGGAGGAUUUGGCCCAGUUUAUAAGGGCCUACUAGCUAAUGGAGAGGAGAUUGCUGUGAAAAGACUAUCGAAGAACUCCGGACAAGGUUUAGAACAGUUUAAAACUGAGCUUAAGCUGAUAGCGAAACUUCAGCACAGGAACCUGGUUAGGCUUCUUGGUUGUUGCAUCAAUACAGAAGAGAAGAUGUUGAUUUAUGAAUACUUGCCAAACAAGAGCUUAGACUUUUUCAUAUUUGAUAGAAGUAGAAGCUUGUCUAUAGACUGGAAAGACCGUUUUGAAAUUAUAAAUGGAAUUGCUCGUGGGGUCCUAUAUCUCCAUCAAGACUCCAGAUUAAAGAUUGUCCACAGGGACAUAAAAGCUAGCAAUGUCUUACUGGAUUCAACAAUGAAUCCAAAGAUCUCAGAUUUUGGACUUGCUAAAAUGCUUGGGGAAGACCAGCUCCAAGCAAAUACAAACAGAGUGAUUGGAACGUAUGGCUACAUGUCACCUGAAUAUGCAAUGGAAGGGCGAUAUUCAACAAAAUCUGAUGUUUUUAGCUUUGGUGUCUUACUGCUAGAGAUCAUCAGUGGCAAGAGGAACACUGACCACAAUCUUGACAGCCCCUCCCGCAAUUUGAUUGGAAAAAUCUGGGAUAUGUGGAGAGAGGGACAAGCAUUGGGAAUAGUUGAUCCAUCUUUGAGUUUGUAUCCUGCUCAUGAGGUUUCAAGAUGCAUCCACAUUGGGCUACUAUGCAUGCAAGAGUCUACAACAGAUCGGCCAACAAUGUCGGAAGUAGUUUACAUGCUGGGCAAAGAAACACCUCUCACUUCUCCUAAGAAACCUGCAUUCAUAUUACAAUCCAGCAAUCCAAACUCAGAAGAAGCACCAGGAAGAGGACUUUCUCUAAAUAAUGUAACAAUAACCAUGCUUGAUGCCCGCUAA